AUGUCAUUUUGGGACUUACAAGGGUUUUUGGUAAAGAAAGAGUUAAAUUAUACCUGCACAUUAACAAUUGUGCAACAUCAACAUUGUAUUUAUAACAGAAUAAUUCUAAUUGUUUUUUAUUUGCAUAUAUUAGGAACUCUUGUGCAAACAAUUGCAAAAACGUUUGUACAAUGUGAAAAAAGUGGUUCCACUAAAAAGAAAGAUGGACAUGGGUCAACUUGUGUUGACGAGACUCUACCUAAGAAGCUUAAAUUAGGUGAAUCAUCCUCUGAAUUUAGCGAAGAUGAGUUUGUCUCUCUUUCUGGUAAGUUUUAAUCUGCGGCUAUAAUUUAUUGCACUGGCCGCAGCCAGUGUAAUAAUUUGCCCUUGCUUGAAAAUGCUGUCCUUUUUGGGGGUUUUUUGGUUGUCUCAAGUGUGACUUUCCAUUGCGGCAUCGACUGCACAAUUUAGCUAAAACAUGUUCACGAUGCUCAUUAGGACCAAUUCUACACGAUGAUAAUCAGAACGACUUUCGUGUUUAACUGUGUUACAAAUCGUAGACUCUGUAAUUGUGGGACGUAUUUUAUUGUAUUUCAUUGCGCAUGCGCUUCAACUUUUCUGUGUUUUUCGAUAUGAUAUAGCUGAACUCUAUUGGUUUUGUAUGGAUUUUUAUUGUGCCGUCCUCUGAAUGUUUGUGAUCAUGAAGUGACAGCCGUCAAGAAGUGAAGAACAUCUACAUGUUUCAAAUUAUUUUUUAGAGUAUUGCAAUGGUAUUUUACCAACCGCGAGGCCAGUGUGAAGUGUGAACGCCUGAGCAGGCAUCUUGUUAUGCCUAAAAUCACGGCACUCGAUUCAUGGCCUGUAUACCAGAUCAUGCUAUGUACUAUUUAAAUCUAAUUAUUAUUUUCUGUAUUGUUUUUAUUAGGCAAUGAUGAUCCUUAUUCUGAAGAGGUUAUGAAACGACAUUACACCUCAUUGAUGAAGGAGUUCAAUAAAUCUAAACCAAAUUGGUCUGUAAUCAAUAUGUAUCUAAAUAAAGAGUUCAAAUGCAGACGGGAUUGGCUUUGCUCAUCUACAUCUAGUACUGCUAACAUUAGGUGUGAAGAAUUGUUCGAGCAGUAUCCAUGUUUUAGGAAUCAUGUUGAGGUACUUUCAUAAUUGGUGUAAUGUUUUUUAUUCCAUUAUAUAGACUGGAGGCCAAAUUCCUGCAUAUAGUCAGCAAAAUAUUAAAAACCCACAUAAAUGUAUCUAGGCUGGGGUGCAGUAGACUUGAUCUAAAUCUAACUUUCUUUCUUUCUUUCUUUCUGGCUGCCGUGGGGAGGGAGCAAUUAAGAUAGACUUGUCAACUCCGGACAUGAGGCAAAAUGAACGAAAUAUAAUUGUACUUUAGGAUUUCAUUUCGAAAACACUUGCUAGCUUAAGCAUAAAAUAAAUCCCAUACAGGUUCUUGAAUUUGAUGUACAUCUUAAAAAACUUUCUUUAACUUUCUAUUCUGCCCCAACUUGACUAUCGUGUGUGAUUCAUGUCUGUUUCUUAUUUUCUUGAGGACUAUCCAAACCUACCUGUACAUAUAUAAGAGUGGCCUGUAUUGAUUCAGGUGCAUAGUAGUAUUUCUGAGACCUGUGCAUUAAUGUGUUAAUUUAUUAUUUUUAAUAGAUUGUCGAGGAGGUUCGUCGGUGCAGAAAUCUUCUGACACCAAAGACAACAAUGCAUUUUUAAAAGCAAGUGUUGGGCGCCUGGAGUCAAACAUUGAAUAUAUCAUGUUCUAUGGGAUUUGUAAAAAGGAUGUAAAGAAUAUCAUGAGCCCUAGCCUGAGUAAGUUUUCCCCUCAAUGCUCAUUUUCAUAAAUUUCAGAUUAACCGUUAAAGUGGUAAUGUGCGCUGGUUUGUUGCUUUACUCCAGACAAUGCAGGGUGAUUUUUCUAAUCAAGGGGGAAGUGUUGGCACUGAAGUGCAGGCAAUGCACCUGGGUUUAAUAUUUUACUUUAUCUAACACCAGAGUAUUUAACUCGUCUGGUGGAGAGUGCUGCCAUUCAAUAAAUUAAUAAAGUGUGGCAAGAGCCAGAGUUGUUCAUUAGAUUUGCACCCAUUUACUGCCGGUACAUGUACUCUACCACUGGCGAGUAAAAUUGUGGGCAGAUUUCACGCUGAUGGGAGGGGGGGGGGGGUCCAAAUCCCAUUUCCCACCUGAAAUGUUGGAUUUUUAUUAGAAGUCCCAGUUAUUGAAAUCACAGGCAGUAAAAACCCCUUUAUUUAUCGGUAGAAUAAACAGUUUUAAGACCUUUUAAGCAAGUGGCGGACACUUUAUGAAAUAUUAGGGGGUUUGCUCGUGCCAAAGGCACAGAAAAUUUUUAAAUUUGAAUCCCGGAAAUGGCAUCUGCAGCAUUCUGAGACACACAUAAUCAGAAAACCCAGAAUUGCGGGGGCCAGAGUAUGCCUGCUCGCAGGUGGUGCUGCGAAUAAUAUAGUUAACAACAAAAAUCAUGACCAAAGACAAUUGUAUUUUAAAAUACUCAAAACGCAAAAAAAUUGGGAAUCGACUCGCAUUACCUCAAUCCCAUUCCCAUUUUUGAGUACUUCAUUUCCCAUUCCCAGUCCCCAAAUCCCCAGUCCCAGCAACCCAAAUCCCAUUUUCCCAGUCUAAAAAUAGAUCAAUCCCAGUUCCCAUUUUACCCCUUCAGGGCCCUCUGAUGGGUUAACAAUAGACGUGGGCAGAUAGCUUUAACCCAUUAGUGCACAAUGCGCCCUGCUUUAGUAUUUAUUCUGUCUAAUGCCAGACAAUUUUUCUGAUCAUUUGUCGAGUAUUGGUGGUUAUUGGGGUAAUAUCAUUUGUCGAGUAUUGGUGGUUAUUGGGGUGGUUUUCAUUGUACAUGUUCUCUGCAGUGUCAGGUAAUUAUUAUUUUCUUAAUUAAUUAUUAUUUUCUGCUGGUUGGGGGGGAUAAUAGGGUGUGUUGGGCAGUGUGGCUUAUUCAAGCUAUAGUGAGCAGGUUUGUUGCAGCUGAUGUUGCAGUAUCUCCCAGCGGUAUGUGAGAACUAGUUUUUGCUGUUUCAGUUCAAUGCUCAACUUUAUUGGCUAGUGGGUAGUGUCCAUGCCAAUUUGCUGCGAGUCUUGUUUAUCUAAUACUAGUACUGUUAAACUUUUAGAUGCAAAGAUAAUUCAUGUGAUGGAAAAUAUUGCUCAGAUUUUCCCGUCAAAACAAGGAAAGUCAUCCAAAAAACCCACAGAUGUUGUUUAUACAAUUAAGGUGAUUAUUAAUGUACUAUUUUCCGCUGGCUGAGGAACGAAAGAGGCGGAAAAUGUUUUCUUGUGGAAAUAUUGUGUGAUAAAUAAACGUCAAGCGUGCGGCUGAUGGUGCAGUAGCUCCCAGCGGUGUGUGAGAAAUAUAUUUAACAAUCGUACGUUGAAUUCAAGUCUUGUAUAAAAUGAUACACACAUAUUCGGCUAUCAUCCAUGUAGGACAAGUACGAUCGAUAUAAUUGUUUUAUAAUUAGGCCAUGAAUUGAAAUAAAUAGCUUGGUAGUAUCCCUGCCCGACCAUACCUAUAUAUACGAUACGAUAUUACCAUUAAUUCUCUCCCUUCAUUUUUUAUAGGAGCAUGAAGAUCCGGAUCUGUGGGUCACACAGAGAAAAGGAGAUGCACCGGUAAUUUUAUUAGACAACAAUCAUGCCAAUUUGAUUAUUGGCCGAAAGAUUGUUUCUGUGGUAGAAAGAAAACAUCUUGGAGAAGCUGUGUUGGCUUACCUUGGCCUGUACUACCUACUUGACCUAGAUUAUCCUGCGUCGCAUGAGCUUGGGUUCACGUUACUGCAUUACUUAUUUUUUGAAGAUGAGACAACACCUGGGGAUAUCGUCCAAACAUUUAAUGCUACUUUAGCAGCAUUUCAAAAAUUUCAGAAAAGUAACGAAUGA